CAUUGCCAUUAUCAUCACCAUAAAAAAGCAACCGAUUCGUAGAACAAGGUGGAAAGCCCAGAAUGUCUUUUAAAGAAGUGAACCCAGAUAAUGAGGCAGAGAUGCACUUGCCGCGGAAGUGUAACCGGAUUGUGUUCAGACACCACCGAGUGCCGUCCUACGUCUUCCAGUCGACCGACAGGUUCGUCAACUUGAGGCUGGCUCUUCUGGGAUCCUGCAAGGAGUUGGGCAACUGGGAUUUUGACAGACGAAUCAACGCGUCAAAAUCGUUCAAGAAGGACUUUUGGGAGGCGACGGCUCUGAUCCCGAUGUUCACAGAGUUGGAAUGGUCUUGGGUAGUGAUAGGAAUAGAGAAGGACGACCCGCGGCGCUUCCGGGACAACGUCAAACACGAGGAGAUGGAGAAAAUCGUGUACUGGGAACAUACCAAGUAUGGCCGCAGACGCAAACGACUGGCCGAUCUAAACGGCGUGAUUCACACGAUCUGGGGGAACGACAAACAGUUCUUCAACUCGAGCUCCUGCAGGGUUAUCCUACGGACAAACUAUGUGUGCAAACCGGCGGAGACCAUCGCCAUAACCGGGUCAGGGUCGCUGCUCGGUGACUGGGAUCCUCAGAAAGCCAUCUUUGCUCGACAAGAUCCGCUCAAGGAGGGUCCAUGGAUGGCCAAGCUACUGCUACAACCCGACGUCCUCUACAUCUGGAAGUGGAUUGUCCUCGACAGAAAGACGCGGCAGUGCAGACGCUGGGAGGAGAGGGAAGACCGGCUGCUACACACGAGGCACGACGGGCUGGAGAUUUACGCGCCCUGGAACGAGGAGUCCGUGGAGACGGUGACGAGUCAGUCGAUGAACUCGAACCCAGGACUGCCAGAAGAGCUCAUUAUCAAGUACUUGGAAGGGGAGCGCGCAUUGCUCAGCGACAGGUCGUCGUCCUGGUGUAGACACGGGCUGGGAAACUUCGACAGCGGCAUCCAGAUGGCCUUUUUACCGUGCAACUAUGUCACUGUAGUGGAAAAGCGCACUGAUAAGUCAACGAUGACAGGAUAUGAUGACGUCACCCAGACAGACAGGAUAUUUAUAGCCAGUCCAGGAUCAAUAUUCGGCGGACCCGCAACCCUCCUGACCCACCCAUUCGGCAUGAUGUCUGCGCGUAAUGCCAUCAUGCAGGAUGAAAGUGCACAAUGAUCUUCAAAAAGUGGAUACAAAUCGACUGUCGCGUUCAGUAUGAAUACGCAGUGUUCAUUCUUUAUACAGUAUUGCACCAGUGGUGCUAUUAUUUAUACAGUAUUGCACCAGUGUUCAUUCUUUAUACAGUAUUGCACCAGUGGUGCUAUUAUUGAUUUGUGAAUGUGCAAAAUAAACAUUUAAUGAAAUACAUUUCCAGAUAAAUGAAACUCUAUUCAAA